CAUCGGUCCUCACCACAUUCCAUUCCGCUUAGUCCCAACCUGCGCAAAGAUAUAAACCCAGCUAGACUUGGGGGAACAGUCACAUCGCCCUACACCGCUUCACACCUGAACAACGACGAUAAUGGCCAAACUCACAUCAUCCCCGAACAUCGACGUCUUGGUGAUUGGUGGUGGCAAUGCAGGUUUCUCUGCCGCCACUGCCGCUGCAGAGUCAGGAGCCCGUCGAGUUGUCCUCAUCGAAAAGGCUCCUGAAGAAUGGGCAGGAGGCAACAGCUACUUCACGGCGGGCGCGUUCCGGACUGUGCACGACGGUACAAGCGACCUCCUGCCCAUCGUCAACAACGUAGAUGCAGAAACAGAAAAACUCAUCGAUAUGGAGCCUUAUACAAAAGAAGACUUUCAGAAAGAUAUGGAGCGUGUGUGUUUAGGGCGUUCAGAUCCAGAGUUGAGUAAGGUGCUGAUCGAAGAGUCUAACGAAGCUGUAAAGUGGCUUGCGAAGAAUGGGAUCAGAUACCAACUAUCGUUCAAUCGUCAGGCUUACAAGGUCGAUGGGAGGUACAAGUUUUGGGGUGGCAUGGCACUUAUGACUCAGGAUGGAGGAAAGGGUCUAAUUGCGGACCAUCAGGCUUCAGCUCGAAGAUACGGGGUUGAAGUCUAUUAUUCUACGCCUGCUAAAAGCAUCGUCACUUCAUCAACUGGUGCUGUUACGGGUGUGAUAGUAGAACAUUCGGGCGGAGACACACUUGUCAGUGCGAAGGCUGUCGUUCUCUCUGCAGGAGGCUUCGAAGCAAACCCACGUAUGCGUUCACAAUAUCUCGGGCCAAAUUGGGAUCUUGCACGCGUUCGUGGUACCCCGUUCAACACUGGCGAGGCUCUUGAAUUUGCUAUCCGGGACGUCAAUGCCAGGCAAGCGGGUAAUUGGUCUGGAUGCCAUUCUACUUGUUGGGACGCCAAUGCUCCCGCCAACAGUGGCGACCGUGAAGUGUCGAACGAGUUCACAAAAUCCGGCUACCCUCUCGGUCUAAUGGUCAACACGAACGGAGUGCGCUUUGUCGAUGAAGGUGUCGACAUGCGUAAUUACACGUAUGCCAAAUUUGGACGCGCUAUACAUGAGCAGCCAGCCAGUGUGGCAUACCAAGUCUGGGAUCAGCGCACGAUCCCGUGGUUACGCGAUGAAGAGUACAGGGAUGAACGAGUGCAAAAGGUUUGGGGUGCCACACUCGAAGAACUGGCAAAGAAUCUAGCUAAAGACUCGGGGUUGAACGCUCCAGAUCAGUUCGUUGAGACAGUGAAGCAAUACAACGAAGCUGUGUAUGCAUCGCAGAUCGAAAAUCCUGACAGGAAAUGGGAUCCAGCGAUAAAGGACGGUCUCACUACGCAGUCAUCCGAAAAGAAGCUGGUACUAGCGAAGUCGAACUGGGCAUUACCACUCGAUCAAGGCCCAUUCAUGGCAGUCAAAGUAUGCUGUGGUGUCACCUUUACCUUUGGUGGACUGGCUGUGAACCCGAAGACCACUGCCGUCGUUUCAAACUCUGAUAGGGAGGUUGCAGGGUUGUUUUGUGUUGGUGAGAUGCUUGGCGGGUUGUUCUAUGGCAACUACCCUGGAGGCAGUGGAUUGACCUCUGGAGCAGUUUUUGGAAGAAGGGCAGGGACUGCAGCUGCGAAAGUAGCUGCUACUGGAUAUGCUCCAACGGUUUUGUCGCCGCGGCCAGGGAUUCUUUCACUCUUGUAAUGAAUAUGGAUUUGGACCAUCAUGAUUGGGGACAUCGAACAUCAUUGAACAAUACACAAUUAUACUGGCUACAUAGUUCUCAAGAUCUCAAGGAACUAUGUCUAUCUAGUAGAUGGACAGAUGCGCCCGUCUCUUUGAAUUUGUA